AUGCUAUUUUUUUUUUAUUAUUCUUUAGGAGGAAGUUCUAUUGUGAAUUUUGUAAUCUUUUUUCGUUUCGUUUUUUCCUCUCUUCUCUUUUUCCUCUUUCCUCUCUUCUCGUUUCUUUUUCCUCUCUUCUCGUUUCUUUUUCCUCUCUUCUCGUUUCUUUUUCCUCUCUUCUCGUUUCUUUUUCCUCUCUUCUCGUUUCUUUUUCCUCUCUUCUCGUUCCUUUUUCCUCUUUUUUCACAUCCAAGCUUACAGCACCUGGAAGUCCUUCAACAGAUAUUGAUAAUGAGGCUGCCCAAUGUCCAGACAAUUUGCCGAGAGCCUGAAAAAGAUACAAGUUUCGAAGAGCUUAAGAAAGCUCUCCUCCUUGUGCUGGGCUGUGCAGUGCAGUGUGAACGGAAGGAACACUUUAUUGAAAAGAUAAAAACUUUAGAUAUUAAAGUGCAGCAUGCAAUUGUUGAACACAUCAAGGAGGUAACCGAUGAUACACAGUGUGUGCUUCCAGUCAAUCCUUCAGAACAACUUGAUGGCUAUGUGGAGAAGACAUUAAAUCAUUUGAACAAACUGAUUGUUGAGCGAGAUGAACUUGCAGAGGCUGUAUUGGAGCUAAAGCAAGAACAGGAAUUUUACCAAUCACAGAUUGAAGGAAAAUCUUCACUAACUGCUGUCAGCCCAGAAAAGCACCAUCUUGUUGUGGAAUUAGCAGAUUGUAAAGCCAAAGUGAGAAAACUUCGGCAAGAAUUGGAAGAGAAAAUAGAAUUGUUAUCGGACGUAAUGGAUGAACUUGAUGAUACAAAGACUCAGUUGGCCAAAAUCAAAACGGAAUAUGAAGAAGUCUACCAAGAAGCCAAAACUGCAAGAGCCUACCGAGAUGAGAGUGAUAUGCUCAGAGAAAAGGCCAGUCAAGUAGUGUGUUAUGAAAAUGAAAUCACCAAGUACAAAGAAAAGCUGAAUGAGAUGGAGUUCUUCCGAUCUCGUGUUGAUGAACUUCGGGAGGACAACAGAAUCUUGGCAGAAACGCGUACGUUACUGGAAGGUCAACUGAACAAUGCUCACAAACGUAUCGAUUCUGUCAAGGAACUGGAGAGAGAUUUGAUCAAGUGUAAGAAACAAGUGCAGGAUUUAACAGAGAAGUCUGGUAUCAUGAAAGCCAUGUCCAGUUUAGCAUUAAAGCAUCAUCAUAGUCAUCAUAUUUUGAGUGGAUUCUCUUUUUCCUUUUCCUUUUUUUCCUUUUCCUUUUUCUCCUUUUCCUUUUCUCCUUUUCCUUUUCUCCUUUUCUUUUUUCUUUCCUUUUUCCUUUUUUUUUUCUCCUUUUCCUUUUUUCCUUUUCCUUUUCUCCUUUUCCUUUUCCUUUUCUCCUUUUCCUUUUCCUUUUCUCCUUUUCCUUUUUCUCCUUUUCCUUUUCCUUUUUCUCCUUUUCCUUUUUCUCCUUUUCCUUUUUCUCCUUUUCCUUUUUCUCCUUUUCCUUUUUCUCCUUUUCCUUUUUCUCCUUUUCCUUUUUCUCCUUUUCCUUUUUCUCCUUUUCCUUUUUCUCCUUUUCCUUUUCUCCUUUUCCUUUUCCUUUUUCUCCUUUUCCUUUUCUCCUUUUCCUUUUCUCCUUUUCCUUUUCUCCUUUUUCCUUUUCUCCUUUUCCUUUUCUCCUUUUCUCCUUUCUCCUUUUCUCCCUUUUCUCCUUUUCUUUUUUUCUCCUUUUCUCCCUUUUUCUCCUUUUCUCCCUUUUUCUCCUUUUCUCCCUUUUUCUCCUUUUCUCCCUUUUUCUCCUUUUCUCCCUUUUUCUCCUUUUCUCCCUUUUUCUCCUUUUCUCCCUUUUUCUCCUUUUCUUCCUUUUCUUCCUUUUUCUUCCUUUUUUUCCCUUUUCUUCCUUUUUUUUCCUUUUUUUCCCUUUUCUUCCUUUUUUUCCUUUUUUUUCCUUUUCUUCCUUUUUUUUCCUUUUCUUCCUUUUUUUUCCUUUUCUUCCUUUUUCUUCCUUUUCUUCCUUUUCUUCCUUUUUCUUCCUUUUUCUUCCUUUUUCUUCCUUUUUCUUCCUUUUUCUUCCUUUUUCUUCCUUUUUUUUCCUUUUUUUUCCUUUUUUUUCCUUUUUUUUCCUUUUCUUCCUUUUUCUUCCUUUUUUUUCCUUUUCUUCCUUUUCCUUUUUUUCUUUCCCCUUCUCUUUCCCCUUCUCUUUUUUUUACUUUUAUAACAAUACAAUUGGAUACAGAAAAAGAAAAAGUUCGAGUCCUAACUGAGGAAAAUGCCUUGUUGGAAUUUGAGAAAAAAAACAGACUCCAAGAAAGCACAACCCUCGAGCAGGAAUUGGAAGAAGCUCAUGCAAGGACAAGUGGUAUCAGCUUGUCUGAUCAACUGAGUGAAACUUCCAACACAAAAGUGUUGCGUCUGGAGCUUGAAAACCAGCGACUGCAACAGAAACUGGAUGAGUUGCGUGAUACCUCCCUGAUAGAAAGCAGUGCACUGAACACAGAACUGGAGAAAGAGAAUAAACGUCUAGCAAAGAAAGUUGAGUCCCUACAAGAAGAGAUGAAGUCUCAGUCCGAUAAGUGCAUAGACCUUGAACAAAAGUCAAAAAUGUUUGAGGAAGAUAAGGACAAAAUGUUACAAAUGGUUGAGACAGUGAAGGAGAAUACUGAACGGCAGCUGAACGAAGUGAAACGUGAGAAGGAACACUUGGCAGAGACAAUUACAGCGCUGAGAGACAGAAAUGAGAAGACAAACGACACAAGAUUAAAAGAAUUAGAAUCUGAAAACAAGAAGCUGCAUGACAAGAUUUCAGAGUUUACGUCAAAAUGUUCAAAAUUAGACUUUGAAAAUCAACAAAUGAAAAAAUCGUGUGACCGGUUGAAAGCCUCCGCUGACCGACUGACAGAAGUUGAAAAUGCAAACAUGAGUCUAGAACGGCGAAAUGCUGACCUGAAGAAUGCUGUGAGUACACUUAAAUUGGCCUGUGAUAAAUACGAAAACACCGAACAGAACAAUUCACGUUUGGAGAUUGAGAACAAGAAAUUGAGUAAGACAAUUGAGAGCCUGCAAGUGUCACUCUCCAAACAAGAGAUGUUAAUUGAGGAACAUAUUUCAUUGACCGUCGAAAAUCAGAAACUGCAGAAGACUCUAGAGUCAUUAAAAGGUGCCACUGAUAAAGUUUUAGAAUUGGAACAUGAGAAGGACGAGCUGAAUCGUGAAAUCCAGCAACUAAAGAAGACUAUUGAGUCACAGCGGAUUGAGCGGGUCAAAUAUGAGCAGAUGGAGAUGGACAUUCUGGACAUGGAUAAUGAGAACCUGAAGCUGCAAAAGACAUUAGAGAUGACUUCACGCCGUCUCCACCAGCUCGAGCAGGACAACAAUGACCUGGAGGUUGAAAACGAGAAGCUUCAGGUUUCUAUUGAGACGCUCAAAAUCUCCUGCAAAAAAUUUGAGAACAAAGAGGAGGAAAACAAAGAGCUGGAAAAUGAGGUGAACAAACUGAGUAAGGACAAAUCAACACUAGAGAAGGAGAACAAAAAGCUAAAGCAUGUCCUUGAAGCAACUGAAGCCCACCUUGAUGGUCUGACAUCCAAGCACAGUGCAUUGGACAUGGAACACAAAAACUUAAAGAAACUACAUGAAAAGAGUAAAGACAGUAUUGAAAAGAUGCAUGAAUUUGAAAAAGAGAACAAAGAUUUGCAACAACAACUGCUUAUCAACAAAAAGACCCUGGCAACUCUGAGAGAGGAUUUAGUGAAUGAGAAGAUUCAAAUGCAACAGUUGCUUAAUGAAAGGGAAAAGUUGGGUCAAGAAUUGGAACGGAUUGGUUUGAAGAGUGAAGAACUGAUGAAGACACAUGAAUCUGAUGACAGUUUUUUUUCCCCGAUUAAUUCUUUUCACUUUCUUUCUUUCUUUUCUCUCUCUCUCUAUCUUUUCUCUCUCUCUAUCUUUUCUCUCUCUCUAUCUUUUCUCUCUCUCUAUCUUUUCUCUCUCUCUAUCUUUUCUCUCUCUCUAUCUUUUCUCUCUCUCUAUCUUUUCUCUCUCUCUAUCUUUUCUCUCUCUCUAUCUUUUUCUCUCUCUAUCUUUUCUCUCUAUCUUUUCUCUCUAUCUUUUCUCUCUAUCUUUUUUUCUAUCUCUAUCUUUUCUCUCUAUCUUUUCUCUAUCUUUUUCUCUCUCUCUUUUCUUUUCUUUUCUCUCUAUCUUUUCUCUCUAUCUUUUCUCUCUAUCUUUUUCUAUCUCUAUCUUUUUUCUCUCUAUCUUUUUUCUCUCUAUCUUUUCUCUCUAUCUUUUCUCUCAUCUUUUCUCUCUUUCUUUCUCUCUCUCAUCUUUUUUCUCUCUAUCUUUUCUCUCUCUAUCUUUCUCUCUCUCUAUCUUUUCUCUCUCUAUCUUUCUCUCUUUUUCUCUAUCUCUCUCUCUUUCUCUCUCUUUUCUCUCUCUCUUUUCUCUCUCUCUCUCUUUUUCUCUCUCUCUCUCUUCUUUUCUCUCUCUCUCUCUUUUCUCUCUCUCUCUCUUUUCUCUCUCUCUCUCUUUUCUCUCUCUCUCUGUUUUUUCCCUCCUUUUUUGUCUCUUCACUUGUUCUGUUUUUCUUUUCUUUUUUUCUGUUUGUUUUUUUUUUCUGUUUGUUUUUUUUUUCUGUUUGUUUUUUUUUUCUGUUUGUUUUUUUUUUCUUCCUAUUUUCUUUCUCUUAAUCAUAAUGGUUUACCUGCAAAACUGCUUUUAUAUUUUGGGUUCAUUUUUUUUUUCCUCUUUUUUUUAUCUUCUCUUUUUCUUUUCCUCUUUUUUAUCUUCUCUUUUUCUUUUCCUCUUUUUUAUCUUAUCUUUUUCUUUUCCUCUUUUUUAUCUUCUCUUUUUCUUUUCCUCUUUUUUAUCUUCUCUUUUUCUUUUCCUCUUUUUUAUCUUCUCUUUUUCUUUUCCUCUUUUUUAUCUUCUCUUUUUCUUUUCCUCUUUUUUAUCUUCUCUUUUUCUUUUCCUCUUUUUUAUCUUCUCUUUUUCUUUUCCUCUUUUUUAUCUUCUCUUUUUCUUUUCCUCUUUUUUUAUCUCUUUUUUCUUUUCCUUUUUUUAUCUUCUCUUUUCUUUUCCUCUUUUUUUAUCUUCUUUUUUUUUUCCUCUUUUUUAUCUUCUCUUUUUCUUUUUCCUUUUUUAUCUUCUCUUUUUCUUUUCCUCUUUUUUAUCUUUUUUUUUUUCCUUCUUUUUUUAUCUUCUCUUUUUCUUUUCCUCUUUUUAUCUUCUCUUUUUCUUUUCCUCUUUUUAUCUUCUCUUUUCAUUUUCUUUUUAUCUUCUCUUUUUUCAUUUCCUCUUUUUUUAUCUUCUCUUUUCUUUUCCUCUUUUUAUCUUCUCUUUUUCUUUUCCUCUUUUUUAUCUUCUCUUUUUCUUUUCCUCUUUUUUAUCUUCUCUUUUUCUUUUCCUCUUUUUAUCUUUCUUUUUCUUUUCCUCUUUUUUAUCUUCUUUUUCUUUUCCUCUUUUUUAUCUUCUUUUUUCUUUUCCUCUUUUUUAUCUUCUUUUUCUUUUCCUCUUUUUUAUCUUCUUUUUCUUUUCCUUUUUUUUCUUUUUUUUUCUUUUCUUUUUUUAUCUUUUUUUUUUCUUUUCCUCUUUUUAUCUUUUUUUUUCUUUUUUUUUUUAUCUUUUUUUUUCUUUUCCUUUUUUUAUCUUUUUUCUUUUCCUCUUUUUUUUUCUUUUCCUCUUUUUCUUUUUUCUUUUUCUUUUUUCUUUUUUUUUUUUUCUUUUUUCUUUUUUUUUUUUUUUCUUUUUCUUUUCCUCUUUUUUAUCUUUUUUCUUUUCCUCUUUUUUAUCUUUUUUCUUUUCCUCUUUUUUAUCUUUUUUCUUUUCCUCUUUUUUAUCUUUUUUCUUUUCCUCUUUUUUAUCUUUUUUCUUUUCCUCUUUUUUAUCUUCUUUUUCUUUUCCUCUUUUUUAUCUUCUCUUUUUCUUUUCCUUUUUUUUAUCUUCUCUUUUUCUUUUCCUCUUUUUUUAUCUUCUCUUUUUCUUUUCCUCUUAUUUUAUCUUCUCUUUUUCUUUCCAUCUUUUUUAUCUUCUCUUUUUCUUUCCCUCUUUUUUAUCUUCUCUUUUUCUUUCCCUCUUUUUUAUCUCCUCUUUUUCUUUCCCUCUUUUUUUAUCUUCUCUUUUUCUUUCCCUCUUUUUAUAUCUUCUCUUUUUCUUUCCCUCUUUUUUUAUCUUCUCUUUUUCUUUCCCUCUUUUUUCUCUUUUUCUUUUCCUCUUUUUUUCUCUUUUUCUUUUCCUCUUUUUUCUCUUCUCUUUUUCUUUUCCUCUUUUUUCUCUUCUCUUUUUCUUUUCCUCUUUUUUAUCUUCUCUUUUUCUUUUCCUCUUUUUAUCUUUUUUCUUUUCCUCUUUUUUAUCUUCUUUUCUUUUCCUCUUUUUUAUCUUUUUUUCUUUUCCUCUUUUUAUCUUUUUUUCUUUUCCCCUUUUUUUAUCUUUUUUCUUUUCCUCUUUUUUAUCUUUUUUCUUUUCCUCUUUUUUAUCUUCUCUUUUUCUUUUCCUUGCUCUCUUUUUCUUUUCCUCUCUCCCUCCCUCUCUCUCUCUCUUCCUCUUCAAUCAUUUCACACCAAGCAAGGCCAUUAA